UGGCCCCUCGCCACCGGAUCUGGAGCUGUCCUGUCCCCGGAGGUGUUUCCACCUAAAGAAAAUUGAAUCAUGAUAUCUUAAACCACAGUUAUCCCUCCACCCCAAACCUGAGUGAGCCUUCUACGUUAAUCCCAGAAUGGCAUCAACAGAGAAACAGGAUGGACUUAAGAUUGUGAAAGUGGAGGAAGACCCUAUGUGGGACAGAGAAACCUGCCUCCGAGGGAGCAACUUUUCUGGCCAGGAGGCCUCCCGCCAACUUUUUAGGCAAUUUUGUUACCAAGAGACUCCUGGUCCCCGAGAAGCUCUGAGCCGGCUCCGGGAACUCUGUUACCAGUGGCUGAGGCCAGAGUCUCACACCAAGGAACAGAUCCUGGAGCUGCUGGUGCUAGAACAGUUCCUGAUCAUCCUGCCAGAGGAGCUCCAGGCCUGGGUACGGGAGCACCGUCCGGCGAGUGGGGAGGAAGCGGUAGCUGUGGUUGAAGAUCUGGAGCAAGAUCUUAGUGAGCCAGGAAGCCAGGCCCCAGAUCAUGAACAUGGACAUUCUGAAGUGCUCUCAGAGGAUGUGGAACAUUUGAAGUCCAAGCAGGAAUCAAAAGUCAUCCAGCUUCAGUCCAUGGUCACACAGCUCAAAUAUGUAUCUUUUGGCCUCCACCAUUUUCGAGAAAAAGGGGGUGAAACUAUACCUGAAAACCAAGAGUUGGCAUCAAAGCAAGAAGUCUUAAAAGAAAUGGAACAUUUUGGGAAUAGCAGACUCCAAAGAGAUGUUCCUCUGGAUUCUAAGGACAGAGAAUCUUGUAAACACAAGAGCAGGGUAGAAAAGCAGUGGGGACACCUCACCAGAGAGAGACGUCACAGGUGCAACAAAUGUGGGAAAAGCUUCACUCAGAGUUCAGUCCUCCUUCAGCACCAGAGAAUCCACACUGGGGAGAAGCCGUAUGAAUGUGAAGAAUGUGGGAAAGCCUUCAGCCAGAGGUCAGGCCUGAAUGAGCAUCAGCGGGGCCACACUGGAGAGAAACCGUAUCAAUGUAAGGACUGUGGGAAAGCCUUCAGUGCCACCAAUGGCCUCAUUAGACACAGAAGAAUCCACACAGGAGAAAAACCAUAUGAAUGUGAAGUGUGUGGGAAGGCUUUCCGCCUCAGCUCGUAUCUUGUUCAGCAUCAGAGGAUACACACUGGAGAGAGGCGCUAUCAGUGUAAUGAAUGUGGCAAAGCCUUCAGUCAGAAUGCAGGGCUUUUCCAGCAUCUCCGAAUCCACACUGGUGAGAAACCCUAUCAGUGCAGUCAGUGCAGUAAAAGCUUUAGCAGGCGGACACUCCUUAUAAAACAUCAGAGAAGCCACACUGGAGAGAGACCGUAUGAGUGUGAUGAGUGUGGGAAAGCCUUCAGUCAUCACUGCAACCUUAUUAGGCAUUUUAGAAUCCAUACUAAAGAGAGGCGACACUAUUGCCAUGAAUGUGGAAAGAGUUUUGCUCAGAGUUCAGGCCUGACUAAGCACAGAAGAAUCCAUACUGGAGAGAAACCCUAUGAAUGUGAAGACUGUGGGAAGACCUUCAUUGGGAGCUCUGCCCUUGUCAUUCAUCAGAGAGUGCACACUGGUGAGAAGCCAUAUGAGUGUGAAGAAUGCGGUAAGGUUUUCAGUCACAGCUCAAACCUUAUCAAGCACCAGAGAACUCACACUGGGGAGAAGCCCUAUGAGUGUGAUGACUGCGGGAAAACCUUCAGCCAGAGCUGCAGCCUCCUCGAACAUCACAAAAUCCACACAGGGGAGAAGCCAUACCUGUGCAACAUGUGCGGCAAAGCCUUUAGGAGGAAUUCAAGUCUUCUUGAACAUCAAAAAAUCCACACUGGUGAGAAACCCUAUCAGUGCGAUGCAUGUGGGAAAGGCUUCACCCGAACUUCAUACCUUGUUCAGCAUCAGAGAAGCCAUUACAAGGAGAAGUGCUACCAAUGCAAUGAAUGUGGGAAAGCUUUUAGUUAUUGUUCAGCUCUUAUUCGCCAUCAGAGAACACAUACUGGAGAAAAACCCUACAAAUGUAAUGAAUGUGAAAAAGCCUUCAGUAGGAGCGAAAACCUUAUAAACCAUCAAAGAAUUCAUACCGGAGAUAAACCAUAUAAAUGUGAUCAGUGUGGAAAAGGCUUCAUUGAGGGUCCAUCUCUUACUCAACAUCAAAGGAUUCACACUGGAGAAAAACCCUAUAAAUGUGAUGAAUGUGGGAAAGCCUUCAGUCAGAGGACCCAUCUUGUUCAGCAUCAAAGAAUUCAUACUGGUGAGAAGCCAUAUACCUGUAAUGACUGUGGAAAAGCCUUUAGCCAGAGAGGCCACUUUAUGGAACAUCAGAAAAUUCAUACAGGAGAAAAACCAUUUAAAUGUGAGCAAUGUGAUAAAACCUUCACCAGGAGCACACACCUUACUCAGCAUCAAAAAAUCCAUACUGGGGAGAAAACCUAUAAAUGUAAUGAAUGUGGGAAGGCCUUCAAUGGGCCCUCCACAUUUAUCCGUCAUCAUAUGAUUCAUACUGGUGAGAAACCAUAUGAAUGCAAUGAAUGUGGGAAAGCCUUCAGCCAGCACUCAAACCUCACUCAACAUCAAAAAACACAUACUGGGGAGAAACCCUAUGAUUGUGCAGAAUGUGGAAAAUCUUUUAGUUACUGGUCAUCCCUUGCUCAACAUCUGAAAAUUCAUACUGGGGAAAAACCUUAUAAAUGCAAUGAAUGUGGAAAGGCCUUCAGUUACUGCUCCUCCCUUACUCAACAUCGGAGAAUUCACACCAGAGAAAAGCCCUUUGAAUGCAGUGAAUGUGGAAAGGCUUUUAGUUACCUCUCAAACCUUAAUCAACAUCAGAAAACUCAUACCCAAGAGAAGGCCUAUGAGUGUAAGGAAUGUGGGAAAGCCUUUAUUCGGAGUUCAUCUCUUGCUAAGCAUGAAAGAAUUCAUACUGGAGAGAAACCCUAUCAGUGUCAUGAAUGUGGGAAAACCUUCAGUUAUGGCUCAUCCCUUAUUCAGCAUAGGAAAAUCCAUACUGGAGAAAGACCUUACAAGUGUAAUGAAUGUGGGAGAGCAUUCAACCAGAACAUACACCUUACACAACAUAAAAGAAUUCAUACAGGAGCAAAGCCUUAUGAGUGUACCGAGUGUGGCAAAGCCUUUCGACAUUGUUCAUCUCUUGCUCAACAUCAAAAAACUCACACAGAAGAAAAACCCUACCAGUGUAAUAAAUGUGAAAAAACCUUUAGCCAGAGCUCCCAUCUGACUCAGCAUCAACGAAUUCACACUGGAGAGAAGCCCUAUAAGUGCAAUGAAUGUGACAAAGCCUUUAGCCGGAGCACUCAUCUUACUGAACAUCAGAAUACUCAUACUGGAGAGAAACCUUACAACUGUAAUGAGUGCAGGAAGACUUUCAGCCAGAACACUUAUCUCAUUCAGCAUCAGAGAAUUCAUUCAGGAGAGAAGCCUUUUGGAUGCAAUGAUUGUGGAAAAGCCUUCAGAUACCGUUCUGCUCUCAACAAACAUCAGAGAUUACACCCUGGCAUCUGACUAUUCUAGGAACAUCAUAAAUGUAGGGGAUACAUUUACUUUAGUUUAUCCUUUUUUAAGUACUGAAGAAUGAGAGUGGCUUGAGAAACUGCUUAAAAUAUUUUAACUUUUCACAGUACUAUGGAAUGGAAAGUACAUUGGUUUCAACUAAUCUAAUUACAUUAGUAAGCAACUUUGUGACAUUGGAAAACAACUAUUUUAAGCUUUAGUUUCCUCUGUGAAGGGAAGGAUUUGGAAUAGAUGAUUUUAAAGUUAUUUGGAAUUUUAUAAUCAGUUUUGUAUAUUCACAGCAUAUUCUUAAAUAGGUACUGUACAUCAGCAUUUUGUUGUGUUACAUCUAGAGUGUAUAUGAUUAUGCAUGUUUUGCCAAUAGAUGAGAUUUGUGCUUCAGUAACUUGACUGGGGAGCUAUUAUGCUCCUGUUCUAACAUACUUAAGUUGUUUAGGAAAUUGCUUCCCAAUAAAAAGAAUUAUAA